AUGCCUAGAUUGGUUAUAUUUUAUUUUUUAAUUUUUGUAUUUAUGAAAAUUAAUUGUAUAAAUUAUAAUUCAUUUUCAAAAAGAAAAAUCAAUUAUCAUUUAAUUAGAGAUAAACAUGAAAAUAUUAAAUAUAAAUAUUUAAGAGAAGAUGAAAAAUUAAAUCUUUCAAGAAGAAAUAGAACAAAAAGAACGAAAGAAACAAAAGGAACAAAAGGAACAAAAGGAACAAAAGGAACAAAAGAAACAAAAGGAACAAAAAGAAUAAAAAGAAUAAAAAGAAUAAAAAGAAUAAAAAGAAACAAUUUGUCAAACAUAUUUUAUAAUAAAGAUGAUUAUAUGAUAAAAAAAAUAAAUGUACCAAGAACAUAUUUUAUUAAAAAUAUGGUAUAUGGUUCUUUAAAAGGCUGUAUAUAUAAAGAAAAGAAAACUAUAUUCAAUAUAUACAACAUAUAUGAUGAUAAAAAUAUUAUGAAUCCAGAAAAUUUAGGAAAUGAAGAUGGAAAUUUAUUAAAUAAACUAGGGAAUGAUUAUUCUGAUAAAGAUUCUUACAAUAACAAUAUGAAUGAAAAAAAAACAGUCGUUUUAGAUAAUAAAAAUGAGAAAAUGUAUAUCGAAAAUAUGAAAAAGAAUCUAAGCAGAACAGAUGAAGUUACAUAUAAAUAUGUUGAAGAAAUGGAACUGAAAAAAAUAAACAUCAAAGGUGUUGAUAUUCAAUAUAGAUUAUAUAAUUUAGAAGAAGGCAUUUAUAUUGUUGAUAAAGAGAAUUAUGAAAAAAUAAAAAAACUUUGGGAUAAAGAUGAAUUAAAAAAAGCUAAAGAAAAUUUUGAAGAAACGUUCGAUAUUAAAAAACAAGGAAUUAAAGAGGAGGAUUGGAUUAUGUUACCUUUUGAAUAUGAAGAAAAUAAAAAUAUUAAAUUAGUAAAAGCAGAUUUUGAUAAUCCAACAUAUGAUUAUAUAUUAACAUAUUAUGAUAAAGAAAGAAAUUAUUAUUGGGAAUACAAAAGAAGAAAUUAUUAUAAAAUGUUUAAAAAUACUGUACAUGAAACUCCUCCUUAUAAAUCUGAUUUAGAAGAAGAUAAAAGAUAUUAUGGUAAAGAAAUUAUUAUACCAAAGAAAAAACUAGAUAAUGAUAUUUUCAGACAACCAAUGUUAAGUGAUGUAAUGACUUCGGGUUGUAAUAGGGAACCUUUAGGUUUCGAAUCAUGGAGAUUUGUUAAAUAUCCCUACGGUAAUUUAAUAGAAUCACAAAAAUAUAGUAAAUUAUAUUGUGUUAAAAAAAAUGAUAAAGAUAAACCUAGUAUGAAAUAUCAUUAUUUAGGUAACAGCAAUUUAGCCGUAUCUGAAAUUUGUUUAGGUACAAUGAAUUUUGGAAACUACGUUAAUGAAAAAUUAGCACAUGAAUUAUUUGAUUAUGCAUUUGAAGAAUUUCAAGUCAACUUUUUUGAUACAGCUGAAAUAUAUCCAUUGCCAGCUAGCGAAAAUUAUUAUGGACAUUCAGAAGAAAUUUUAGGAAAUUGGCUAGAAGCCAAAGGUAAGGCAAAUAGACACAAAUUUGUUAUAGCUACUAAAAUAUGUGGUCGUACGGAUAAACUUCCUUGGAUGAAAAAGUAUAAAAUUAGAACUGAAAAAAAAAAUAUAUUAAAUAAAAGAAAUGGAGAUAUAAUAUAUAAUGACAACAAUUAUAAUAAAGACCAUUACAUAACCAACGCGAAAUCAAACGAAUAUUCACAUAGAAAUAAUAACAAAAUGUUAGACAAGGACGAUAAUAAAAAUGGUUAUGAUAAAUUAAAAGAACUAAAAGAAAAAGAAGAAUUAUAUUUAAAAAAAGAUUAUGAUAAAAUAAAUAAGCUUGAAGAAUAUGAAAAAGAAAGAUUAGCUAAUAGUGCUAAUUUGAUAACAUUAAAUAAAGAAAAUAUAAUAAAUAGUGUUGAUAAUUGUUUAAAAAGAUUAAAAACAAGUUAUAUUGAUUUAUUACAAUUACAUUGGCCAGAUAGAUAUUAUCCUGAUCAAUCAUCUGGUGAUUUUAGUCAUGUAUUAUAUGAUUAUAAUAAAUAUUAUGAUGAUUUUAUACCUUUUAUUGAACAAUUACAAGCAUUAGAUGAAUUAAAAAAAAAAGGAAAAAUAAGAGAAUGGGGAUUAAGUAAUGAAACUCCCUUUGGACUUCUUAAGUUUUAUGAAUUAUGUAAACAUUUACAUAUAUCUCCACCAGUUUCUGUACAAUUAGAAUAUAAUUUAUUAUGUAGAAAUGAUGUUGAAAAAGGGUUUCCAGAAAUAUGUAGACCACAAAAUACCAAUAUUUCUAUAUUAGCUUAUUCACCAUUAUGUGCUGGUAUAUUAACGGGAAAAUAUUUAGAAUAUACUGAUUAUACUACAAAAGGAAGAAUGCAAAAAUUUCCUUCGUAUAUGAAAAGAUUAAGAGGAUCUAUAGCUACUUAUAUUAUUAGAGAAUUAUAUUAUUUAAGUCAGAAAUAUUAUUUCCCAAAUUUAACUGUAGCUGCAUUGAAAUGGGUCUAUACACGAUCCUUUAUAACAUCUACUGUAAUUGGUGUUUCAGAUUUCUUACAAUUGAGGGAAAAUUUAUAUUCUUUAACUAACGAGGUAUUGUUUACGGAUAAGUUGGAAAGGGAGAUAAAUGCUUUACACUGGAAAUUUAGGGAUCCAAUCAGGAUAAUACAGUAA